CCACGUCAGCAGGCCACAUCAGCAGGACACGUCAGCAGUGCCACGUCAGCAGCAGAGGAUACCACAUCAGCAGGCCCCGGCCUGGUCUAUGCUGUUGGGUUCACAUACAGCAGUCAUGGACCAGAGGCCCGGAGAAGCAGACGAGGCCUAUCAGGCCUGCAUGCUGGCCUGGAGUACCAAGACAAAGAAACAGGCAGAUGACGCUACCGCAGCAGCAAAGAAGAAGGCAGAGGAUGCCGAGCAGGCACGUCUGCUGGCAAUUGAACAACAGCACCAGCAUGACGAGGCAGCAGCAAGGGCUGCCGAUGAAGAGAGACACCAACGUCGUGAGAAGAUAUUUACCGGAGAGCAGGCGUUACUUACAAUGGCAGCGGAAUGGCAGACCGAGGCCGAGAAUAGCAAGCUGGAGGAUAGCACAAACAAGAUAGCGCUCCUCCUCUCGCAUCUCACAGACCUCCUAGCAACCUGCAUUACACAGCAGGAGGAGAUCCACGGUCUCAACAACUCGCUAGCUCACGUCCAAGACCGCCUUCAGCGGUUGGAGCAGCGACCAGCCGCCGCCGCCGAUGCAAGCUCUUCCAAUACUUCCGACCGCCUCAACGCAUUGGAGAUGGACGUCGGCUCACUCAAGGAUGGCGUGCAAUUACAGCAGACCGCGACGCAACAGUUGCAACAGCGGAUCUGCACUACCGCCAACAUCUCGAGUUCGGAACCGCGCGAGACAGCUCCAAAGUUCGACGGGCAGGAGAUCUUCUGCGACUCAAUGAAGACAAAUCCGGUUCCAUGGUUUCGGAAGUUCGAGCUCACGCUGCAGCUCCACAACGUCAAGGAGCACAAGCACCACACAUACUUGUACUCUCGCUCAGGGGGCGCGUGCCAGGCUUGGUUGGACAACCUGUUGUCCAAGUACGGAGUGGUAGCCAAUGACUUGCACACCAAGAUCAGUUGGGAUGAUCUGAAGGCGGCGUGGCACAAGCGGUUCCAGGUGGAGCCGCCGGAGAUCAAAGCCAUGGACAAGCUCAUGGUCUUCGAGCAAGGCACGCUGCCGAGUACGGACUGGAUCGCCGAGUACCAACGCUUGACGUCAGUCCCAAACAUCCAGAUGGGCUUCAAAGCCAUCCGCCAUUACUUCAUCUCAAGGUCAUGCUACUCGAAGAUCACGGCCCACUUGAACAAGCUUCAAUGCGAGGAUCGGCCGUUUGACUUUGGAGAGGAGGCGCGGGGAUCAUUCUUCGCUCUCAAAGCCGCGGUAUUGUCUGCGGAGGUCUUGCGGAUAUAUGACCCGCUCUUGCCUACGCGCGUCACUACGGAUGCGUCAGGCUAUGGCAUUGGUGCAGUCCUCGAGCAACAUGAUGGUGUGGACUGGCACCCGGUCGAGUACUUCAGCAAGAAAGUGCCCAUCGUGCAUUCCAUUGACGAUGCACGCAAGAAGGAGCUCCUCGCCUUCGUCCACACGCUCAAGCAGUGGCGGCACUUCCUCCUUGGUCGAAGCCAAUUUCGUUGGGUAACGGACAACAAUCCGUUGGUCUUCUACAAGACCCAAGACACCAUCAACAGCACCAUCGCUCGAUGGAUGGCUUUCAUCGACCAAAUCGACUUCUUUCCCGAUCACAUUCCCGGAAAGUCGAACCGUUUUGCGGAUGCUCUUUCACGGCCUCCGGAUCAUUGUACCGCGGUCUACUCAACCUUCGAGAUCGACGAUGACCUGCGGAACAGCUUCAUCCGCGGCUACCAAGCCGCCCCCGAGUUUCGCGACAAGUACGCGAAUUGCUCCUCUCCUAAUCCGGCUCCUUCUCACUACCGGAUCCAAGAGGGGUACUUGCUUGUCCACACGCGGGGGAAGGACCUUCUUUGCAUACCGAGUGACCCUCACUUGCAUACACGGCUUCUUGGCGAGUUCCACGAUGCUCCCGCCACCGGACACUUUGGAGUCAAUCGCACGAUUGGCCGACUUCGCCAGCGAUUCUGGUGGCCCGGCCUUCUUGGCGACGUCACGCGCUAUUGCGAGUCAUGCGAGCACUUGAGGACGAAGGCCCUGCCCACAGAGUACAAAGCCGUGGAUCAAGAUUUGGACAAAAUCCGUGAGCCGUGGGAUGUCAAAGGCUUGACCUUGAUGACAGAUGGCACAACGACGACCAGCAACAGGCCGGUCAUCAACUUCCUUGCUGUUGGCGAUUCGGGGGCUCUCAUGGUGAGGAGCGUGGACAUGGAGGGGAAGGAUAAUUCGGCCCCAGCUUUGGCAAGGAUGUGGGAGGAGGUCAUAAGGGAGUUGGGGUUGCAUAGGGUCAACGCCAUAUGCACCGACUCAGCACAGGUCAACAUUUCUGCCCGGAAGAUAUUGGCCGAGCACGAGGACCCUGCGAUCCGAAGCAUUCCAUGGGUGUCGUGCGCAUGCCAUGUUUGCAACUUGCUCAUGUGUGACAUUGCUUUGGUGUCAUGGAUUGGGGAGGUGAUCCUGCAGGGCAGGGAGAUCACAACUUUCAUCAAGAGACAUGAGCGGGCGUUGGCGAUGUUCCGCAGGACACAGUUGGGUAUCAAAGACGGGAGGCCGUUGGAGUUGAUCCAACCCGGGGAGACUAGAUUCGGCACGAACUUCCUCAUGCUGCAGCGACUUCGGGAGUGUGAAGGGGUGUUGCUAGCGAUGGUUUCCAACCCACGGUGGAAACCUCUCCAUGGGAUCGGACCGCAGCGACGCGGGCUCGAUCGUGCAAGGAGCUCAUACGAGACCCGGCUUGGUGGUUGUCUGUGGAGCGGGCAAAGACGGGAGGAUGGGCAUGCAGGUGUGGGGGGGAUCACCUUGGAGAAGAGAAUUGCCAUGCUAUCGAUGGAUUGUGAGACAAGGGAGUUCGUGAUGGCGAAGGUGAAAGACCGUGUGCGGAUGAUGGCUCUCCCUGUGCAUGCAGCGGCGUGGAUGUUGCACCCGCUCCACCGAUCACCUCGACUGUUUGACGACUAUGCAUCAAAGGAGAUCACAAACACUUUGACUCACUUUGCUUCGGUUCACCCUAAGAAUUCAAAGGAGUACAAAGAAUGUUGGAACUCCCUUAAGAGUUUCCAUCACAUGGAUCCGGAGUGGCAUGGCAAGAACUCUGAGAAGGCUUUGACAAGCGAGCAUGUGUCUGUGGCGCAGUGGUGGUUGACUUAUGGGAAGAAGCACCCAACCCUGACAAAGAUCGCAGUCGAAGGCACCAAAUUCGAUGUUCAUGAGCUUCUGGAGGAGAGGGUGGACGACGCGGCAUGGCUCCUUGAUGUUUCCUACCGCCCACGCUGUGUCGUGGACGACGACCACGGGAAGAGCGUUGUUGCUGAUGAUGACGACGCGGAGGAGAGUCGCAAUAGUGAGGGCGACGAUGAGUUACUUGAUGCGCGGCUCACUGACAUUCGGUCCACCAGGCGCUCGAGCGGCGGCUCAUGUUCCGCUAGACACGACGACAUCACACCGCCGGUGGUCCUUACAUCCGGCGGGCAUUCGGGGGCUCCUUCAAUGACGUUGUCAGUCAACACCGGUGUGCGUACGAGACGACGGAGCUCUGCGUCAGGUGGUGUGGCUUCAGUACAGGGCACUGGCACACUUUCGGGCGCACAACUCACCCCUCAUCGACGAGCUGUGCUCGAGCAGAUACCCACGGGCCACGGUACGACAGGCGGGGGUUCGGCGGACGUUGACGGGGACAAUGUUGCGGUGGAGGUUGAUGUGGAUUUUGGUGGUACUACGGAACAUGGGGACGCAGACAUCGGUGCGGACAUGGACGACCCGCCUCCUGGAACAGCGGAGGUCACCGACGCUGCGGGCGGCGAUGUGCUCUCCACUCCUGACCCGGGGUUGGGGAUGGGGGAGGGGUUCACCGCCCUUUUGCACCAUGUGUCCCCCAUUGCCCCGAGCGACUCCAACAAGGACUUCCGUGAACACCUGUCUGCGAUGUCCCCAUGCGGAUCGAUUUUGAGGAGCAGACCCCUGAUUGGGCCACAUUCACUGGACCAACCCCACCCGGUCUACAGCUGAGCGAGGACAUUCGAACUGCGGCUGGGGAAGGAUCACAAGGCAUGGUCUACAGGAGGAGGACCGCAGCUGCUGAGGUUGGAGGGCCUGACCCACCACAACAUGCAACUGCACGACAUGCGUCAACGUCGCCACCCGAAAUCGAUGCCAGCAAGGUGCGCCAAGUUAGGAGUCUGGCGGGCAGAAAGAAAGGAGGGAAGAACAAGCCGAAGGAGACAGCUGCACCAUCGACCAGAGGUAGAAGAGGCAACGGACGCAAGACAGUCACACCGCCAGUGACCUUGAAAGAGAAGCAUGCUGUUGUUCGGCAGGCGAAGAAGAGGAAGUCGCGAAGAGUUCAAAAGAAAG